UCCACAUAGACGCCGUGUAACAUCCCGGAUUCUUUGCCUCUGUGUGUACCGACAGCAGAAAUUGCUCUACGUUUCUCGUAGAUGACAACACAAUCUGUCGUCAUAUGCAAAGAAUUAUACCAUUUUAUACAAAGAACAAACCGUCGAGGGAGUUUUCUUGAGGUUUUCAUGAUGUAACGUCCAUUUCUUGAGGAUAAUGUUCUCUCAUAACAGACAAUUGGUCAUUUUCAUGGAUUGUUCCAGAAUUCCAGGAAAGGAGAAAACUGUUGUCAAAAUACUCAAGUAACUGUCACCGGACUAGCCCAACCUGCAUUCUGUGGAAUGCGAUAGAGGGCUUUUUAUUAAUAUUUUAUUUUGAAUGUCCGCAAAAGUUUCACCCAUGGGGAAGGAGGAAACAAAGCCAAAGAAGCGGUGCCUGGCUAGCUGCGGAGAGGUGAUGAAAAAAAAUGUUUUCCUUGUUAUAAUUGUGCUGGCUAUGUUGAUGGGCAUCAGCCUGGGGAUCGGACUACGUCACGUGAGUCACAAGUUCAGCAAAAGAGACAUCUUAUAUCUCCGGUUCCCCGGCGAUUUAUUCCUCCAAAUGCUCCGGAUGUUGUUGUUGCCCUUGAUUUUCUCCAGUUUAAUAUGCGGCACGUCGUCGUUGGAUACGCGCUCCUCGGGUAAAAUGGGGAUGCGGGCCAUCGUGUACUACAUGACUACGACCGUGAUCGCUGCUGUCAUCGGGGUGGGCUUGGCGGUUGUCAUACGACCUGGGGACCUGGGGAAUUUCACCCCGUCCUUCCAGACCGAGUCUGUCCCGUCAAACACGGCCGAUACCCUUCUGGAUCUGGUCAGAAACCUUUUUCCAGACAAUUUGGUUGAAGCGUGUUUUAUGAAGAUUGAUACAGAGCAAGUUCCGAAUUACAACAAUGAUACAAAUACCACAGUGUAUGAGCCUGAGGUAGGAACUGCCCCGGGAAUGAAUGUUCUGGGGCUAAUUCUCUUCGCGGUCGUCCUGGGGGUCAUAAUCUCAUCCCUGGGAGAGGACGGACAAGCCUUACACCAGUUCUUUGUGGCCCUCAACAAAGCCACGAUGAAGAUGAUCGCAUUAGCAAUCUGGUAUGCUCCUGUCGGGAUCCUCUUCCUCAUCGCUGCGAAGAUCGUGGAGAUGGAGGACGCGGAGCGUGUCCUUACACAGCUGGCUAUGUUCGCCGUCACCGUCCUAGUGGGUUUCAUUUUACACGGCUUUGUCAUCGUCCCUAUCAUCUACCUACUCUUUGUCAAGAAAAACCCUCUGAGAUUUAUAUACGGAAUGGUAGAGGCCUUUGUCACGAUGCUGGCCGUGGCUUCAAGUGCGGCCACUUUGCCUGUGACAAUGCGUUGUCUGGUUGAGAAUAACGGCGUGGAUCCCCGCGUGGUCAUGUUCAUCGCUCCGGUAGGGGCAACCAUCAACAUGGACGGCUCUGCACUCUACCAGGCCAUAGCCGCACUGUUCAUAGCUCAGAUUAACAAUAUACCGCUUAACGUUGGACAGAUUAUGACCAUUGCAAUAACGUCAGUGGCGUCGUCUAUCGGGGCGGCCGCCGUGCCUAGUGGUUCUCUGGUCGUCAUCACCAUGGUUCUGACGUCUGUAGGCCUGCCUACUGACAUCACCCUCAUCGCUACCGUGGACUGGCUACUAGACAGAGGUCGUGGUAUUGUAAAUAUACUCGGAGAUUCUAUCGGCGCGGCCAUCGUUGAUCACCUGUCUCAGAAAGAGCUCGCCCAAUCCGAGGACGACGAGUCCUUGUUAGAAUCGGUCGAGCCCGAUGUCUCAAUGAAACAUUGUCACACUACAGUCUCUACAGUAAAUGAACAGGCCAAUGGACAGAGCAGUAAACAAGUUCAAAAACAUGGAAGUGAAACGGUUUAGCACCACGUUUGUCAUUUCAUGAUGGACAACGGUUGAUGACAUCAUUUAAAUAAUUUCUUUACGUACCGUGGUUUGCCAACAGACGGUGACAGGGAGAAGUAAUGAUGGGAGGACGGGGUUGGUUGGUGUUUGUCGAGAUGGGUUGUUGGGGGUGGGAGGUUGGGGGGGGGGGGGUGAGAUCCUUUCGUUUACAAUGUUUUAGGAAAGAUGUAUUAUCACAUUGUAUUUAUUUAUUUAUAUCAUUGGUGUAUAAUGUCGCGCUCAUGGAUUUUACUUGUAUGACGACUGUCAGGACUAUAGGUGCAGGGAAACGAAGUGCCCGUAUUAAACCACCGCCCACGUGACAAACCUCCAAUCACAUUGUAAGGCAAAGACAUAUUACAAAGUUUGUGAUGGCAAAAUUUUCGCUCUAGAUUAAAUAUUUCGCCGUGGAUACUGUACUUGCUGUGACAACUUACUGUUUUAUUUGUUGUUUCAUGAUAAUGAUAAUCAUGACAAGUAGCUUAAUUCUGUUUUUUUUUUUUUGCAUGACUAUUCUUUUCCUGUUGUUUUCAACCGUUUACCGAUUAUGCACACAUAAUGUGAUCUCAUUAUAA